UUCUAAUUCAAAGUUUUAUCUAUUGCGUAUAUAUGCAGGGUUGAAUCUUUGCCUUUGUUGGUUGAUUCCUAAGCAGAAAAAAAAAAAAAAAUGGAAAAAGUACAGCAGCAGCAAUGGUGGAAGUUAAGGUGGUCGUACAGGAAUGCCACCAUCUUGGUCUCUUUGUUCAACUUCAUCGCCGCACUUUUCUUGCUUCAGAGCUUCUUCUUUUCUGCGUCCCCUUCCACCAAAUCCAAUUCAGUUGAACGAUAUAUAAGGGAAUCUGAAGAGAUUCGCCGUGCAAUGAUGCCUGUGAAUCUAAUUAAAAGAGUGAAGGAAAUUGAAAAGGAAGCCUACAUUGAAGUAGAGCCUCUUGAACAUAAGGAUGUGAAGCAGGGUGCUGCAGUAGACCUGAUAACUAGGAUGAACAAUAUUCGAUCUUAUUCUGAGGCUAGUGGCACCAAAGCUCUUGAAGAAUGGCGUAAGCGGAAGAUGGAACGGGCCAGAAAGCGGGAACUUGGGAAGGAUGGAACCACCAUCUAACUGAAUAUUUGUCUGAGCAAUGGGUUGCCUGCCUGCUCAUUUCACUCUUUUAUUUCAAGAUUGAUAAUGUAUAGCAUAGCAUGAAAUCAAGAAUUAACAAAUCUAUUGUUGAAACCUCUACUUAUCUAAAACCUUUUAUUGAAACUUUGUGCCAUAUGAUUGAACA